AGCAGGACCAGCACAGGCAACAGACGAGCACAAUAAUACCAGAAAUACUGUCCACAUAGGACUGAGGAUGGGGGACAAAGCAGGGACCAGAGUCUUUAAGAAGUCCAGCCCCAACUCCAAGCUCACAGUUUAUCUAGGGAAGCGAGACUUUGUUGAUCACUUGAACCACGUGGAUCCAGUAGAUGGAGUCCUCCUUCUAGACCCACAGUAUCUGAAAGAUCGAAAAGUGUUUGUGACUCUGACCUGUGCAUUUCGUUAUGGUCGAGAGGACCUGGACGUCCUGGGCCUUUCCUUCCGGAAGGAUCUGUACAUCAGCACCGUCCAGGCGUUCCCUCCUUUGCAGCAGGAAAAGAAGCCUCUGAGCCGCCUGCAGGAGAGGCUGCUGAAGAAGCUGGGUCAGAAUGCCUACCCCUUCAACUUCACUAUCCCCCAGAACCUGCCUUGCUCAGUGACCCUCCAGCCAGGCCCAGAGGACACUGGGAAGGCGUGUGGUGUGGACUAUGAGCUUCGAGCAUUCUGUGCCAAGACUGUGGAGGAGAAGAUCCACCAAAGGAACUCGGUGCACCUGGCAAUCAGGAAGGUUCAGUACGCCCCAGAGAAGGUAGGUCCACAGCCAAUGGUGGAGACCAGUCGCAGCUUCCUGAUGUCCGAUAGAUCUCUACACCUAGAGGCCUCACUGGAUAAGGAGUUGUACUACCAUGGGGAGCCCAUCAGUGUUAAUGUCCAGGUCACCAACAACUCCACCAAGACUGUCAAGAGGGUGAAGAUAUCUGUUCGUCAGUAUGCUGAUAUUUGUCUGUUCUCCACGGCUCAGUAUAAGUGUCCAGUUGCCCAGGUUGAAGCAGAUGAUCAAGUUUCCCCCAGCUCCACUUCCUGCCACGUCUACACUCUGACCCCCACGCUAGGUACCAACAGGGAAAAGAGAGGCCUGGCCCUGGAUGGAAAGCUAAAGCAUGAAGACACCAAUCUGGCCUCCAGCACCAUAGUAAAAGAAGGGACCAACAAGGAGAUGAUGGGCAUCCUGGUUUCCUACAGAGUCAAAAUCAAACUGGUGGUGUCUCUUGCAGGGGAUGUAGCAGUGGAACUUCCUUUUGUCCUGAUGCAUCCAAAACCUGCAGACCAACCCAGCUCCCAACCACAGUCAACUGCUCCAGAGGCUGGUGCCGCUGUGGAUACAAACCUCAUAGAGUUUGACAUGAAUACAUCCUCUCAGGUCGAUGACUUUGUGUUUGAAGACUUUGCUCGCCUGCGAUUAACAGGGAUGAAAGAUGAGCUUGAUCCCUUCUGUUAGCUCCACCUCCUUCGUCAGCAGGGUCACUUGCCUAAGUGGAAGUGGCAACUGAGAUGACAGUAAGAUGUUGGUGGAAGUGACUCCCCUCAUUCUGCUGAUAUCAGUAUUAUACAUGCUGCUGAGAUUCAGGAUUUAUUAUUCUAGCAGAGGCGCCUUUAAACAAAGGAAUAAAAGUAUUUUUAUAUUGACGAUAGGUCAGUUGUUUUCUUCAGGUAUCAGUGAAAUUAUUAAGAGCAAUAACAGAGGAACCUCUAACUUUUGCUGCUUCUUUUUCAUUAAUUUUAGCCUUUUCAUAAUUAAAUAAAUCUAAUGCAUUUUUAUAUCUGGAGCAGAACAAGUGUGCAGUAAAAUGAAUAAACCAAACCAGGAACCAUUUUACUACUACUAUAGUGGUUAUUUUUUAAAUGUUUUGCUAAUAGAUAUUUCCUUAUCUUAAGUUGUACCUACCACAUAUCAACAGGGUGAACUAACAUUGAAAAGAUUUAUACAUAUACACAUAUAUACAUGUCUGUUGAACUGCCUAUAAAAAAUCCUCUUCUAUCUGGAUACAAGAUACUAUGUCCUGCCCCUUUUUGCACUGUGCUCCAGCCUCAAUUCAUUUGACUUCCUUCUUACUAUGUAUUUCCAUAUGCUAUGUGCUAGGCUUGUCUAUCUUAAAGACAACCACAUUUUGAAGAUGGUUUAAAGAUAAAAGCGACAUAUACAGAGGGUUGGGAGGGUAACAUUUAAAUUUAAUCCGAUACAAUUACUAAUUAAAACUGCAAGUAGUGAUGAACGGGCCCUCGCACUCCACGCAACUGCUGCGGCCACAUCACGUGCAAGUGUAACACGUGCAGACCACAACAUGAACAUUUCAAGUAAAUCAGAUCAAAAUCGCCACGCAGCACUUGCUACUUACUUACUUACUAUAUCUGAAUAUUGUUAUGUAGACGUGUUCAGGGCGGGACUCUCAUCAGUUUCAUUGAGAUUGGACCAUGUACACUGAAGUUAGGAGUACUUCCUUUUUCAUGGCGAGGCUUCAAAAUUGGACGCCACGCCAUGUGCAAUCCGUUCAACGGAAUGUCGUAUAUAGCACAACUUUUAAUCAUGAAUAUGUUUAGAUUGCGCUGAUUAAAUUUGAAGUCGAUCCGAUAAAUUCCCUAGAGUUUCCCCCAAGUUCGCUCAAAUACGUGUGCAAAUUGCCAAAAAUGUCCACGAAAUCCAAAAUGGCCGACUGCCUGUUUACUUUGGGGUAUUGGCCCAAGAGGCUUUUUAGCUUUUUUUUUAUCACGAUACACAUGAAUAUCGAUUUCUGAACAUGUCGGCCGUACAAGUCUUGGGGGCUGAUUCGGGGGGACGGGGCUUAGCCAUUUGUCGGCACCCCUGCACGAGUACAAAUGCAUACGUGGAUUUUCACGUUUGAAUUUUGAAUUUCUCCCGACUUUUCGAGCAUGUUGCGGCCGCCAAAUAUGCAGUCGAAGAGGCAGAAAAAUAAUUCCUUGCAAUUACCUGUUAAAACAUGUAUUCAGUAACCUAAUCCUAGUAUCACAAUAUUAAAGUAAUGUAACUUGAUUACUUUCCAUUACUUUUGGAUAUAUAUAUAUGCCUGGAUUUAGAGCCAUACGUGAUUAUUCUGUCUACACUAUAUCGUCAUUUAACAUCUAGAUUGACUAGCUGGAUGAUCAACCAUAAAUUCACUGGGCUUUAACAGAAUCCCUUUGUGUUCAUCUUAUUUGAGCUGUGUAUUUGAGCUGUCUUUCCCGUGUCACUGUUUGUGUCUCUAAACAGGCUCUUGUGUUUAUGUACAUGUGAUUUUAGAAUAAGAAUUGAUUUUGUGAGAUGUAAAUAACUAUUUCAGACUACACACCAAAUUAGGAUACUCAACGUUUAAGAUGUACUCCCUGUGAACUCUCUAUUCUGUCACUGAUAACAUUUUCUUCUUUCUGUUGGAGUUUUCCAUAUAUACAUCUAGAGGGGUAAAAAGACAUCCUGGUGUCAAAUGCUGUAACACAUUUAUUUAGAUUAAUAACAAAAAAAGAAUGUUAAAUACAGAACUUGUUUUAAGAUGUAUUAUUUUAGAAUAAGACAGUUUUUUUAAUCUAAAUAGCUAUUGCCAAUAUAAUCAAUCCUGAGAUUUAUACAAUACUUAAAAUGCUACAUGGCAAAAGGAAUACUUGUAGUAAAACUAUGUAGUAAAAAAAAAACAUAAGACACUGUUGAAUUUUCUUAUUUUACUCAAUUAAAUGUACAAAUAAAAAUGUGUUGUAACUACAAAAAUGUCUUUAUUCUGUUCAAAAACAUUUUACCAGGCUGCUUGUUUGUAAAAAUAAACUUUUCCACCAGUCAAA